CUACUCGUAUUAAAUUAAAAACAAGUAAUUAAACAAAAAUAAUACGGAGUACUACCGUGCGCCCAUGCCAGCAAGCGAAAGGAAUGCUUGUGUAUAUUAUUCCGCAAUUAUAUUAUUUAAUUAAAGUCGGUCAAGUCACCAUUCUUCUUUGGCAUUCCAUUGAAAAACGUUUUCCAGCUCAAAACUUCUGACUUUCUCUCUCCUUAAUCUUCCUUCAUCUUCCCACAGCUUUAGUGAGAGAGAAGGAGAGGUCCAAAUUCUUAAAUUAAUUCGUUUUUCUUAAAAUUAUAAAUAUAAAUGAAAAAGUGUUAACCCGAAUUCACAUACCCUAUUUGAAUCAAAAAUAUUUGAAACACCCCUUUCCUUGUUUUUCUCCUCUCAAAACCUUCCACACCCACAAAAAAAUUGUUGUCGAAAAAAAAACCCGUAUCUAAAGGGCUAAAGCUAAACCUAUUUAACCCAACAACCAAAAUAAAUUUGUUGGUAUAUUACAUAUUUUCAUCAUCUCCUCGCCGCCAUGAACUACUCCAUUUUAUCUGAAAUUUGGGGUGUUCUUAAGUUGGCGACUCCAUAUUUGGCAACAUUACUCGCAUUAAUAAUUCUAAUCGAGCAAAUCGUGUACUUAAGGAAGAAAUCAAGGUUACCAGGGCCAACCCUGGUACUCCCAUUUCUCGGUAAUGUCGUCGGGUUAGUUCGGGAUCCGGAGAAGUUCUGGGACGAGCAAGCGGACUACGCCAAAUCAACCCCUCUCGGAAUAUCCGUCAAUUACAUCAUCGGAAAGUUUUUCGUUUUCAUUCGAAACUCCGAGAUGAGUCACAAGAUAUUCGCCAAUGUCCGGCCUAAUGCAUUCCAACUAGUAGGCCACCCAUUUGGGAAGAAGCUAUUUGGUGAGCACAACAUGAUCUAUUUAUACGGUCAAGAACACAAAGAUCUUCGGCGUCGGAUUGCUCCGAACUUCACCCCGAAGGCGUUGGCUACUUACUCGAAUAUCCAGCAAGUAGUGAUCCUCAAGCAUCUAAUUUCUUGGAGUGAAAAUCAGUCGCAUUGUCCGGUAGGGUUGCGGCUUUUGGCUCGUGAGAUGAAUCUAGAAACUUCUCAGAAUGUUUUCGCGGGGCCGUAUUUAGGGAAGGAAGCGCGUGAGAGGUUUAAGGUUGAUUAUAACUACUUCAAUGUUGGUGUUAUUGCUCUUCCACUUGAUUUCCCGGGUUUCGCGUUUCGAAACGCGAGGCUCGCGGUGGAUCGACUCGUCGAAACGCUUACGGGUUGCGUUGAGGAGAGUAAGAAGAAGAUGGAGAAGAAUGAAGAGCCUGAGUGUUUGGUUGAUUUUUGGAUGCAGGAAAUGGUGAGGGAGGAGAGAGAAAUGGAACAACCGCCGCAUUCUCCGCCGCCGAAUUGCAGCAACCGUGAGAUCGGAGCUCAUGUGUUUGACUUUCUAUUCGCGGCGCAAGAUGCGUCGACGUCGUCGCUAUUGUGGGCCGUCGCUUUGUUGGAUUCACACCCGGAAGUUCUGAAGAAGGUCCGAGAAGAAGUUGAGUCAAUAUGGAAUAUUGAAUUGAAUUCAUUCAUUACACCUGAUCAGCUAAUUUCAAUGAAAUACACGCAAGCUGUGGCGCGUGAGGUCGUGAGGUACCGCGCCCCCGCUACGCUCGUUCCACACGUGGCGUGCGAGGAGUUUCAAAUUUCAGAAGAUUAUACUGUUCCUAAGGGUACAAUCGUCUUUCCUUCCGUUUACGAGUCUUCUUUUCAAGGGUUUUCCGAAGCGGACCGAUUUGACCCGGACCGCUUCUAUUCCGAGGAAAGGAGGGAAGAGCAGCUAUUCAAGAGGAAUUUUUUAGUGUUUGGCGCGGGGGCUCACCAAUGCGUAGGGCAAAAGUACGCGCUCAACUUGCUCGUGGUGUUCAUCGCGAUGUUCGCCACGUUGAUGGACUUUAAACGACACCGUACUGACGGCUGCGAUGGUCUCAAUUUCUGUCCCACUAUUUGCCCUAAGGAUGAUUGUUUGGUUUCUCUCUCUAAAAGGUGUUCCAAAUUCCCUAUGCUUUCGCUCUCCCUUGACCAAGACUAGUGAAUGGACAUUAUUACCCUCGUAUGAUUCUUUUUUCCUUGAUUAUUUUUUAAAGAAGAUUCAAUGUUUUUUUUAGAUAAUUCUAAGAACAUUAUGUCAUUAGAUUCAGUCUCUACAUAAUAGUAGUCAAGUACUAAUUAGCAUUUAAAUUGAUUAUUAAUGUGUAAAAAUAUUAUUAUUGAGACUGUAAGUGACGUUUUGUAUUUUUUUUUUUAUUUUUUUAACUUUUUUAUAUUUUAUAUGGAACAGUUGGAUGUCUUUUGGUGUAUGUCAUUUUGCUCUUUUAAAGAGUGCUCUUUGCUUUUAUUUUAUUUUUUUCUUCUUUUUUCGCUUAAUUAUUGGAAAUUGAGUCUGUAUUUUUUGGAAUUAUAUUGCUGUUUUUUGGGGGCAAUUUUUAUUUUGAAUGUUAAUAAUGUAAUGAACAUUAUUUCCCGCCAAGUCAUUUUUGUAUACUAACCACUAGAUAAAUUUUUAUUUAUUUAGUGGUUUAGUCCUUUUCAGUACAUAUGGCACUUGAUUGGCAUUACUCUCACUUUUUUUUUAAUGCUUUUUGAAAAGUUCAUUUUCUUUUUGACAACCAUAUCUUCUUACAACUUUACAAGUGUGUAUUGUGAAUGAUUGUGUGAUGAAUCUGAUGAUAGAGGAUUGUGAUUGUACAAUUGUACUUGA